AUGUCUACCGAUCUCAUCAAGGCCUUCGUCGAUAGUAACGAUGAAGAAACCGGUGCGUGUGAGAUCCCGGUUCGCCUAGACAAUCUCGACGCUCUAUGGACUGAGUUUAAGCUAGUCCAGUCCGAGCUUGAGACACUUGACGAGGCCACUAUCGACCAGCAGCUAAAGCAGCGAACCGAUUUCGAGACAGCAUACUAUCGUGUAAAGGGAUUUUUGCUGUCAAACAAUAAAACGCCUUCCACACCCUGCCUGAAUACUGCUUUGAGCUCGCAAAUCCCUGCUUCUUCAUCGUCGCAUGUCCGCUUACCUGAUGUGAAGUUGCCCGUCUUUAAUGGAAACCUAGACAACUGGCUCAACUUUCAUGACUUGUUCGUUUCGCUGGUUCACGCAUCGCUCGAGUUGUCCAAUAUCCAGAAGUUUUAUUAUCUACGUUCUUCUUUGGCUGGAGAUGCCCUGAAGCUGGUUCAAACGAUUCCUAUAAGUGCGAACAACUAUCCAGUCGCUUGGAACCUGCUGGUAGACCAUUUCCAAAAUCCUUCUCGAUUGAAGCAAUCCUACCUUGACGCUCUUUUCGAGUUUCCUACGUUGAAACGUGAAUCUGCUGCCGAACUUCAUUCGCUGGUUGAAAAGUUUGAAGCCAAUGUCAAGGUCUUGAAGCAGCUUGGUGAAAAGACUGAGUUUUGGGAUAUCAUCCUUAUACGAAUGCUGAGUAUCCGUUUGGACCCAACCACUCGACGAGACUGGGAGGAGUAUUCGUCAACGAAGGAUGCCAUCGCCUUCAACAAUCUUACGUCUUUUAUUCAGCGAAGAGUAACUGUCCUACAAACAAUUCAGGGGAAAGUUGUGGAAGCUCCAGCGUUCACUCAGCAGCUCAAGAAAUCUGCUCAACGUCCGGUUGCCAGUCAUGGGGCCAGCCAAUUCAACUUCGGUCGGAAAUGUAUCGUCUGCUCCGAUCACCAUCCGCUCUAUUUGUGUUUGUCGUUCGCCAAACUCGACUUGGUGGCUAAGGAAAGGGAGGUUCGACGACAUCAACUCUGCCGUAACUGCCUACGACAGGGUCAUCAUGCUCGGGACUGUCCAUCGGCUAGUUCUUGCCGUAAAUGUCGAGGUCGCCACCACAUCCAGCUCUGCUCUGAGGAGAAGUCAGUCGCUGCGAACUCCAGGACUACGGAUUCUUCUCAAACCAAAACACCAACUACUUCUACGUCUGGUGAACAACCAAUGGCAUCCGUGUCAGCUGUCGUCAAUAUGGUCGACGACAAUGGGACUGCACAUGUCGCAAGAGCUCUCCUCGACUCCGGUAGUGAAUGCUGCUUUAUUACCGAGUCUUUCUCGCAGCUUGUCAAGGCAAAGCGCUACAAAGUCUCUGUACCGAUUUCGGGGAUAGGACAAUCAUCGACAUAUGCAAGGUACAAGAUCGUCUCUACUGUUCGUUCGAGAGUUUGCGAUUACUCCACCUCGGUUGAAUUCCUGGUCCUGCCUAAGGUUACCAUAGAUCUACCGACUGCUUCUUUCGACGCUAGCUCGUGGAAAAUUCCUCUUGGUGUUCAAUUAGCCGACCCGGCUUUCUACAAUGCAAACCCCAUCGACAUUAUCAUCGGCGCUGAGGUGUUCUUCGAUCUAUUCAAGUUUUCUGGGCGUAUCCAACUUGGCAAUUCUCUUCCGACCUUGGUUAACUCGGUCCUCGGUUGGAUAGUAUCUGGAAAGGCUUCGUACGGUACUCCUACGACUCCAGUAAUCGCCAACGUUGCCACUGUUGCUGAACUACACCAGUGGAUGGAGAAAUUCUGGGCCAUCGAAGAAAACGACACUUCACCUUGCUACUCCGUCGAAGAAGCAGCUUGUGAAGAACACUUUCAACGAUCGGUUAGGCACAACUCUGAAGGAAGGUACAUCGUUCGUUUACCGAUAAAGGAUGACGUCAUCAAGCAAAUUGGUGACAACCGUCGCACUGCUGUUUACCGUUUUCGGAUGCUGGAAGGUCGCCUCGGUCGCAACUCCGAACUUGCCCAGCCAUAUCGUGAUUUCAUAGACGAGUACCUUGCUUUGGGUCACAUGAAGCAAGUCUUUGACUAUCAAUCACCUCCGUCCCCAUGCUAUCACAUGCCUCACCACGCUGUGGUUCGAGAAGAGAGUACUACAACAAAGCUACGAGUAGUCUUCGAUGCAUCGUGCACUCAUUACCGUCCAGCAAGAGAUCCGUUCAAUCAUCAUGCGUUCCAGAAUCCGUCGAGUGAUGAUCAUCGCUGA